UCCUCCACUGCAUCCCCUCCUCCACUCAACACACGAUUAAAAGCAGCAAAUGUGUCCAAGGCAACCAACAAACCACCUACAACCACAGUCUUUGUAAAGUCUUCCUCCCGACCUCCCUCCUCUUCUCCCACUCUGUGCUCAUCCCCCCGACCCUCCCCCUCCCCCCUCAGGUGUAACAUGGACUCCCUCUUACACCUGUUCGGCAGCUGGCUGUUUGAUGCUGCUCUCAUGAGCAGAGACUCUGCUGGACAGUGUGAUGUCACUGUGAUGUCAGAAAGGUGGGCAGAAGGUCAAGCUGAGGCCUGUGGGACACUUUGUAGGAUCUUUACCUCUAAGAAGACUGCUGAGGAUAUCCUAUCUGUAUACCUGUCCAGGUUCUACCUGGUUCUCCUGCAGGCUCUCCAGAUGUCAGACGAGGCGUAUCCUCCUGUUCUGGCCUCCAUCCUGCUGAACUCCACCUGUUUGUUCUGUUGUGACUUAAGAGGAGUGAACCUGUUGCUCCCGGUCUUCAUCUCCGCUUUGGAGAAGGUGCUGCUUGACAAAGAGCUGCUGAAGUUUAAAGGAUUAGUGAGUCUGGUGGAUUUAAGGCGAGCUUCCAUCCUCAUCUUGCUGUCCCUGCUGCCCCUUCCUCUGCAGUUUGGAUCCCUCCAAUCAGAGGUCUUACUACAUGGACAGUUCAGUGAUGAUGCUGUCACGGCAGGUAGCUUUCUGUCCCUGAAGCCCCGCCUCAUCAGUGUUCUGAUUGGAGCUCUGCAGACAGAGACGGACACAUGCAACAUGCAGCUCAUCCUGGCGGCGAUGCUGACUGUGGUUCAGGACUCGGCUCUGUUCGAGGCUGCAGGAUCAACUCAGCAGGACGCUGAGUCCCAGCAUGGUGGAGCAAGCAGACCCAGACGGCCUGGGGGAACCAGUGGAACCAGUGGAACCAGUGGAACCAGUGGGAGCAGAUGGACCAGAGGAUCAACUGUCCAGUCAGAUCCAGUGGCAGUUCUGUGGGUUCAGUUUGUGCGUUUGCUGACUAAGCGUCUGACGUCUCAGUGGAGGAAUGACUCAGCAGUUUGUCUGUCAGCACUGGAAGUACUGGGAGGACUGGCCAAGGUGCUGGUGCAGGUGGAGGAGGUGGAGAGGAGGCGGGCGGUCAGCUCCAUCUGCACCUACAUCGUGUUUCAGUGCAGUCGUCCACCGCCGCUUCACUCCAGAGAUCUACACUCCAUCAUCGUCGCCGCUUUCUACUGUCUGAACGUCUGGUUGACUCAGCACCCCACCCUGCUCGACCACCAGGAGUGUCUGCUGGAGGUCCUGGAGAUUGUGGAAUUGGGGAUUUCAGGCAGUAAGUCCCGACAGGAAAAGGAAGUGAAACACAAAGAGGAGAAAGAACUGAACCCCGCCUCCCUCAGGGUGAAGGAUGCAGCUGAGGCCACGCUAAGCUGUGUUAUGCAGGUUUCUGAGGCGUUCCAGCUUGUUGACGGGUCACUGAGUGAAGAGGCUCUGAUUGGCUGCUCUGCUUUGAGUGACAGCACCUUGAAGAAGUUCAGGUAUUUUGUGGUUGAAAACUCCGUCAUUCUGGCCAUGUUGGAACAAGGACCAGGACCUGAGCAGGCUCUGCAUCCAUCACUCACAGUUUUGAUCAGAGGACCGCCAGGACGUCACACCUGGACUCUGCAGCUCCACCUGCAGCCCAGGGAGGGACGAGCACACACCCAGCAACCUCUGAUCCCAGAACAGCGCCGGGCCGCCCAAGAGGAUGCUGGGAUACGAAGUCCUGUCAAAAAUCAGCUGUUUCCCGAAAACGUGGACAGAGUUCCUCCAGUUAAAGCAGAUCGGAGUGUUCCAGCUCUGCAUGAGACCGCGACAGAACAGGUGCAGCAGCAGCUAGAGCGUUUGCGAGCAGCAUUAAGAAGGCAGCAGCAGAUAGAGGCUCGGCCAGUAGUCAGCGGACGUUCGGUCGACAUGACGACCUGCAGGCCGCCGCCUCCCGCCACCCACUUCCAGACAGCGAGACUCUUUCUGUCCCACCUGGGCCUGCUAACACCUGACAGUGUGAAGGACCCAGGUAUCAGUGGUGUCCCCGCCCACCUCGUCUCUCUGGACUCGUCUCUUCCUGGUUUCUUUGACAGUUUGAGACGUUUGGAUGGCCUGCCUUCCAGAAAUUGUGACUCUGCCUUCAUCUUCUACAUGAAAGCAGGACAGAGGACAGCUGCUGAGGUCACCUCACCU